AGAAUUUUAAUUGAAAAUUAUACCAAACCAAAUUUGAAAGGGAUCUAGAGUCAAUGGGCAAAAAAAAAAAAAAAAAACACCCUCAGAAAAAUAGGGAAAAUAACCGUAGAACAUAGGGUACCAGAAAUUGACGCCAAUCUAGAUUUUUUUUUUAAUUGUUCAAUAAUUAGAUAGAGAAAUAUGAAAUAACAAAGGGGGAAAAGGUUCAACAUUUGAAAUUAUUAUUUUCUCCAAAAACCAAAAUCAAACUUGUUAAACUUGGGAAGUCACCACCUUCCCCAUACUCUCUCUUUGCUUUGCAACAAAACAAACUUCUCCCCUCCACUCUCUUCCUCACAUCUCCUUCCCUUCCCUUCCCUUCCCCUUCCCCUCCCCUCCCUUUCUGGCAAAUACCAAAUCCCAAUUCCAAUUUAACGCUAUAUAAAUUCAAAUCCCAAUUGAAAUCCAGAACAGUAAUUCUACAAACAAGGGAAGAAGAAGGGGAAAAGAAAGGGGAAGAAAGAAAAGAGAAAGAGAACCUAAAGGGGGAGAAGAGCCUUAGCUGCUCACCCUCUCUUUUUAUUUUCAUGUUGUUGUUCAGAUCUUGAGAUUCUCUCUCAAAUCUUCUGUUAUCUGGGUUCUCUUUCUCUUUGAUCAAUCAAUCAGUUUUUUUCUUUCAUUCAUUUCUGUUCUUCUGGGUUCUUCUUCCCCAUCCGCAAGAAAGAAAGGGUAGACAUUAAAAGAGAGAUAAAGCUUGCUCCUUUUUGCGUAAAUUGAUAUCUGGGUUUUUGGAUCUUAUUAGUUAUUAGACAUUUCUUCGUCGAAGAUUUUGUCUUCCGUUCAUUUGGAUUGCUGCUGGGGAGCGAUCGGUUUCCUUUUGGCCUCUUCAUACUGUCGAUCAAUCGGUUAAGAGUUCCGAACGCCUUUUUGGAUUGAAUACGAGCGUACCCACUUGAUAUAUAGAGACAUCCGAGUGAGCUUUUUUGUUGCUUGAUUUCUGCGGCAAGGUAUUAUUCAUUUCUAGCCGCAUUUUGAUGUUUCUUCGUACAUGGAUUGUUGGGUUUUUUCCUUUGUUUGUUCUCGGUUAGGUAGAAUUGUGUGUUUUGAUUAACAGAUCCCGCUGUUUGAUUAUCAGAGUCGUAGAAUUGAUAUAAAGAUUGGUUUUUUGCAGGAGGAUUUUGGAGAUGGAGCAGGGAAAGCUUUUCAUUGGUGGGAUUUCAUGGGACACGAAUGAAGACCGUCUUAGAGAGUAUUUCCAGGCAUUUGGAGAUGUUGUGGAAGCUGUGAUUAUGAAGGAUCGGUCCACCGGUCGGGCCCGUGGUUUCGGAUUUGUUGUCUUUGCUGAUCCUGCUGUGGCUGAGCGAGUUGUGAUGCAGAAGCACCUCAUUGAUGGCAGGAGUGUUGAGGCGAAGAAAGCGUUGCCCAGGGACGAUCAGAACAAUCUGAACAGAAUUAGCAACAACAUCAGCAUUCAGAGGUCGCCUGGUCCAACUCGGACAAAAAAAAUAUUUGUAGGGGGCUUAGCAUCAACGGUGACAGAGACCGACUUCAAGAAUUACUUUGAUCAGUUCGGAACAAUCACUGAUGUUGUUGUCAUGUACGACCACAACACUCAAAGGCCGAGAGGUUUCGGGUUCAUCACCUUCGAUACAGAGGAAGCUGUGGAUAAAGUGUUGUACAAGACAUUCCAUGAACUCAAUGGGAAGAUGGUUGAGGUGAAACGCGCUGUUCCAAAGGAACUAUCUUCUCCUGGUUCGACCAGGUCGCCAAACCAGUUUGCCGGAUAUAACUACGGCAUUACUAGAGUCAAUAGUUUUCUCAAUGGAUACAGCUCUCAGGUAAACAAUCCAACUUCUGUCGGACUUCGAAUGGAUGGAAGGUUCAGUCCGGUCACUGGAACUCGUAGCAGCUUUUCCCCAUUUAGUGCUGGGUAUGGUUCAGGACUAAAUGUCGAGCAGGGUCCGAGUCCGAGUUACGGUAGUAACUCGAACUUUGGGUCAAAUGCUGGGUUUGGCUGGUUGAGUCCCUUGUACAAUGGCAAUUCGAGCAGGUAUGGGAACCCCAUUGGUUAUGGAGGAGGAAGCAAUUCAAGCUUGAACUCCGUUUCUCGUACUGUGUGGAGCAACGAUGGUGUUCCUCAAAGUGCAAACUCCAAUGGGGGAGGUUGGAACUCAGGACUCGGUUCCUUUUCUGGAGCUCUUUGGGAUUCUUCGGUUAAUACAGGGCCAGGUGGUGGUGUAGGACCCACAUAUAACAAUGGCAAUGGAGGAGGAUAUGGAAGAAAUGGUGGGGCGAGUUUUGCACCCAUUGUGUCUCGUGCUGCUGCUGCUGCAAAUGGUGGUUAUGAUAAGGCGGGUUUUGCUGACCUUUAUGAGAAUGGUUCGCUCUAUGGAGAUUCUUCCUGGAGAUCCACGUCUUCCGAGAUGUUUGAUUUCAGCAUUGGAAAUACAGCUUCGGGUGUUUUUACUAAGAACCCUGCAGCAUAUGGUGGUGGUUAUGGCAUUACUGAUAGACAAUCAGAUAGGGGAAUUGCUGCUUAGGAUGAAAACAAGGGGUUACUACUCAUAGGUGAAAGAGUUCAGCAUCAACAUUUGAAGUAAAUUUGGUACAUUACAUGUUUCUUGGCCCGGAAGUUUACGCUUUUACCUUUUUUUCCCCCCUCUUUGAUGUUUAUGUGAGGAGGAACUUGAGGUUAGGGCUAAUCAAUUUAUCGGUUUAUCGACGAAAUUAUGGUUAGAGAGAGCAGGAGAUGAAUUCAGUCAGGAGGUGUUGUGUAAGGUUUGAGCAUUGGAAGAGUUUUUUUCUUUUGUUUUGUUUUGUAUUGUCGUGUUUUUUUUUCUAUAUAUAGGGGUUAUUAGUUUUGUUUUAUCUUCAACUUGGGAAUGUUUGGAACUAUUUAAGAUGUAAAAUCAGGAGUUUGUGAGUAUACGUCAGAGAUAUUGUAUCUAUGUUCAUUAUUUCAUGUAUACAAUUCCUACACGUCUGAAUUAGGUUUGUUUAAAGGACAUCUAUCUCAACAUCACUAAGGUCGGGAUUGUUUGCGAGCCAGAUUUCGUAAAUGAUGGAUUGGUGUUGAAUCUAGACCACCACGGAUUUGAAAAUCUCGUGAGUAUGAUAAAGUAAAUUUAUCUUUGAUAUCAUAAUCCGAUUAGAUACCACUAUUAUAAAAUUCAAUAUCUAAAUAAAGAGAAUUUCAAAUUCGUGGUGGUCUAAAUUCAACACCAAUCCAUCAUUUACGAGGAACGACAAUCGAUUAUAAAGAAUGAACGAGCGAGCCAUCCACAUAGCACGCUGGCUACAGCUAUCAGGCGGUUGCUCGAUCGAGACUGGGACGUCAAGAUGAGUCAUGUGUUCCGUGAGAGCAACUAUGUUGCAGAUUUCAUGGCCUCUGUGCGCCAUUCUUUGCCCGUUGGGUGUCACAUGUUUGACGACCCGAGACCUAGUUUGAGAUACUGGCUUUUGUUCGACUUGAUAGCAUUGUCCAUGAAACCGUACCGUACCGACGGUUCAACCACGAAAUAUCAGUCUUGAAGGCUAAAUCGGUAGGCGGUAUUUAACGGUUUAACGGUUGAACUACGAUUAAACCACGAUUUUACCA